AUGCCAAAAUGCCAUUCCCUGGAUUUGAAGCCCACGAGACUUCCUGCGAAAUCGUUGCAGGGAAUGGUUCGCAGCCUGACGCAGCAGCCGAAGGAUGAGGUGAAGGAGCAUGACAGAUGCCAGAAGGACUUUUCAGACAACAAGGCUUCCACUGACGAGAAGACAGAGCUGAAGGGAUCCACAAAGGGAAAGAUCAGUCAGCUGCAGUCCGACAUCACAACCACAGAGGAGGCAAUCUCCAAGCUCAAGGAGGACUCUGAGGAGAUGGCAAAGCAGUUGCAGGCUGCCAAAGAGAACCGUGAGAAGGAGAUGGGCGAGUUUGCAGACACCGUGGCCGAGCAGCAGCACACGCAGAAGCUGCUGGGCGAGGCUCUUGAGGCCUUGCAAACCUUCUACGCAAAGCCCGCUCUGGUUCAGGUGCGACGGCACGAGGCGGAUCCCAAGCCAGAGGAUUUCAAGGAGUACAAAAACAACGCGGGGGGUGAGAAGGUGAUGGCGCUGAUUCGCGAGGUGAGCGACAGCUCUGCCACCCUCGAAAAGGAGGCGAAGCAGGCCGACGAGGAUUCCCGUAUUGCCUUCGAGAAGCUCUCGGACGAGACCAAGGCCGAGAUGCGUAGCGCGACAGAGGAGACGAACAACAAGGCCAUUCACAAGGCUGACUUAGAAGCUGACUUGGCGGAGGCCAAACAGGUGCUUCGUUUGACCAAGGAUGAGUUGGAGAGUCUCUCCGAUUCGAUUGACGCGAUCCACAAGUCCUGCGACUUUGUCGUUGACAACUCCGCAGUGCGACAGGAGGCACGUGGCCAGGAGAUUAAGGCCGGAAAGUUCUACAUGUUACUGAAGGGCUUUAGGUCUCAAGGGUUUGAGCUUUCCCAGAGGGACCAUUACCCCUCAAGAAAGGAAGUCCUAUGUGCGUUGAACGGGCGAGUUGACAUGAUUGGGGCGGAUGUGGAGGGGGAGCUGCGCAACUUGAUCUGUCAGGAGAGAGUUGCUGGUUACGCUCAGCUAGAUGCCCUACAACUUGGAAUGCUGCUCCGAGCCCGUGUUGCGUGUUGCACUUGCGUAAGCCACGAAGCCAGAGAUGCUGAUGCGGAUGGGGGUGAUGACGAAGUUAUUGAUGACCUCUACAGAACCAUCGCAAUCUUCGCUUGGGGUAGGGAGGAGGGCGUUACCAUGAAGUCCCUGGCCAACUACGACGAGACGAAUCCAAAGGCAGUGAUCGACUCGCCUAGAUCACUACAGGCAUGCAGACAAGAAGGCGUACUUCCGCAAGAGCUGAUCUUCAAGCCUGUCGAAGCAUUCCAGGAAAGGAAUCUCUCACCGCGGCUCGUGAAACUCAGGUAUGACUUCUUCGAGGCCAAGCGCCGCGACCUUCUCGCAGCAGCAAGGAGGGCGAGAGAUUCCAUACUCGCAGAUGAACACCGGGACAAGGAGAACUCCAAGCAUCAGCUGGAAUUGGCGGCGCAGGACGGGGUGGUCAUGCAACGGAUCGGAAGUCUUGAUGCCAAGCUUGACACCCUCGAGGCUGUGGCUACUAAAGACUGCCCCAAGUGUGGUCGGAUGGUCUUCCGACACAUGGGCGAUGAGCACUGGGUGCUCGUCAUGAAGCUUAGCAAGAACGACUUCUGCUAUGGGUCCAAGAGGUGGAACGACGGGAAGUCCUUCAAUCCAGACAAGAUGAUCGAUACGACCAUGCCGAAUAUUCGCUCCUAUGAUGCCAAGCACAUUGCCUUUCACAAGUUGAAGCACGUGGAUGCCAUAAAGCUGCAGACCAACCGACUGGCAGGAUUUCGAGAGAUGCCGGUCAUUGAGUUUGCAGGCAAGGGCACGCCAGAGACCCUGAUGACCAAGAACAGCGUCAAGCUGAAGAAGCAUCCAAAUUGGCACGACUGGUGGAAUUGGAAGAGGGCCUUUGGUAGUGACCGGAACCGGGCGCCCGCGUUCUUUCGCGCAGGGCGGAUUGUCACCGACCCAAAGCCAGUUUGUCGAAACAAGGGCUGGCGCAUCAGUGGUUGUGGCAAGCCCUGCAUGUUCUGUAUGAUGGCUGGUGAUGGUUGGGGAUGUCCCACCAGUGCUCGUCACAACGACAUUAGCUCCGGAAUCGGCUUGAACGCUGCUUAUUGCGGCGGCGGAGGGAAAGAUGACUGCAGUGCCUCGGGUCAUUGGUCCGGAGACAAUCGGGUUCUUGUUUGGGCCCGCUUCUCCGCGUAUCAGAUGACCACCACGACCACGACCACAGCCGCAUGCAAGAGCGGCGAUUGCUGUGGCAGCUUCGGAGGUCAAGGGCCCUGGAGAUGCGAUGGGCUUGAUCCGAAGAAAUGCAACGACACUUUUGUCGAGGUUGUGCCUACGGAGCAUGUGCAGUGCGGCACCGUGAAUGGUAUCUGCAUGGCUGCGGGGAGUAGCUGUCAGAACCGGGCAGAAACCACAGUUACGGAGACCGUCUACACGCACUUCGACAUGGCGGAGGUCAGCGUCAGCGGUGGCCAUGCCGGGCUGUGGGGCAACCCUCCCGAGAACAUCCGAUCCGGCAAUCCGAGAGAGAAGACAUGGGCUGUUUGGGCGGAGAUCCCUGAAAUGCCAGCAGGGGGUAGCAUUACGAUGACCUACCAGUAUACAGUGGGCUAUGGUUGCACAGGCAGGCAAGGAGGCCCAACCUUUGAUGUCUACGUCGGUCGCACGAAGAUCACGGACACUUCCCAAGGUCCUUUUCUCGAUUAUCCUGCUGACCACUGUGGUGGCACAGGCUGCUCGACAUGCUACUCGCCUCUGCAGACCUUGGUUAUGCAAGUAGCUCCCGGCACUCAGGGUGACUUCACCACGGAGAUCGUGAACAACCUGCGGAAUUUCCACCUUAAGAUCGAAGAGAUCCGACUUACGACGCCAAUCCUCUGA